UUUCGGAGUAUUUUGCAAUGCUCCUUCAAUCUUAACGAAACAAUGGACUCUGAAAUAGCUCGCACUAAUUUUGAGUUUUCUAAUAACAUUGUUACAAUUGAUCCCGCUCAGGAUCAAAUUUACCGCUACAAUAAUGACGAACAAGUACAAAUAAAUCAAGAAAAGCCGUGGACUAAAGACAUUCAUUACUUUACAAAAGUCAAGAUUUCCGCGGUGGCUCUUAUAAAAAUGGUCAUGCAUGCUCGUUCGGGUGGAAAUAUUGAAGUAAUGGGUUUAAUGCAAGGAAAGAUAGAUGGCAAUACAAUGAUUAUCAUGGAUGCUUUUGCUUUACCAGUUGAAGGAACUGAAACAAGAGUGAAUGCACAAUCCGAAGCGAAUGAAUAUAUGGUUCAAUAUUUAACAACUAUUAGACAGGUGGGAAGGUUAGAAAACAUAGUAGGGUGGUAUCAUAGUCAUCCUGGUUACGGAUGUUGGCUUUCCGGUAUUGAUGUGCAUACUCAAAUGACAAAUCAACAGUAUCAAGAUCCUUUUGUAGCUGUAGUUAUCGAUCCUAAUCGAACUAUAUCUGCUGGAAAAGUGGAAAUUGGCGCGUUUAGGACUUAUCCAGCGGGAUACAAAGCACCGGAUGAAGGUCCAUCAGAAUAUCAAACUAUUCCUUUGAGCAAGAUUGAGGAUUUUGGUGUUCAUUGCAAACAAUACUAUCAACUUGAAAUCUCGCAUUUCAAAUCUACUCUUGAUAUACAUUUAUUGGAAUUACUUUGGAACAAAUAUUGGGUUAACACACUAUCACAAUCACCAUUAAUCACGAAUCGCGAUUAUUCAGCCGGACAAAUUUCUGAUCUUGCAGAAAAGUUAGAACAGACUGAAGCUCAGUUACAACAGAGUGGAAGAGUUUCAGGUUUCCCUGGUGGAUUAGGUGGCGGGCGUGGGGUUAGCACUACUCAAUCUUCAACAUCAUCAUCUUCCACAUCUGGAGGUGCUAGUGGUGCUACAUCUACACCUACCCCGGAAAAGAGGAAAAUUGAAGAGAGUCCACUCAACAAGGUUACUCGGGAUAGUACAAAGAUCACUGUUGAAGCAGCUCACAGUUUAAUCUCACAAGUUCUCAAAAAUGUUUUAUUCAAUAAAUCACAUUAAUUUUUUUUUUUCAGUUAUUUAAAGCCGGACAAAAUAUUUUUUAGAUCAUUAUAGCCUACCAUGUCAGUUAAAAAUUCAGGGUGUUUUCUAUUUAGUAAUAUUUUGUUUAUUAUUAUAUUCAAAUUUGAAAUAAUAAAUCGUGAUAAAAAAUAUUCGUAAUAAAAAAUUAGAUAAUAA